GGACUUGUGGAUUUCAAUGAUCCUGAUACUGAUUGUUUUAUUUUCCUGCUUAGUAUACGUGCAGCUGGAAGGGGUCUCAACCUUCAGACUGCUGACACAGUUGUGAUAUAUGAUCCGGAUCCAAACCCCAAGAAUGAGGAACAAGCAGUUGCCAGAGCCCAUCGUAUUGGGCAGACAAGGGAAGUAAAAGUAAUUUAUAUGGAGGCAGUUGUUGAAAAGUUUUCCAGCCAUCAAAAGGAGGACGAGCUUAGAAGCGGUGGUUCAAUAGACGUAGAGGAUGACUUGGCUGGGAAAGACCGGUAUAUAGGAUCUAUUGAGGGUCUCAUAAGGAAUAAUAUUCAACAGUACAAGAUCGACAUGGCUGAUGAAGUCAUUAAUGCUGGGCGUUUUGACCAAAGGACGACUCAUGAAGAGCGGCGUAUGACAUUGGAGACUUUAUUGCAUGAUGAAGAGAGAUAUCAAGAAACUGUCCAUGAUGUACCUUCUCUCCAUGAGGUGAACAGGAUGAUUGCCAGAAGCGAGGAGGAAGUUGAGUUAUUUGAUCAGAUGGAUGAAGAAUUUGACUGGACCGAGGAGAUGACUUCUCAUGAGCAGGUGCCUAAGUGGCUUCGAGCUAGCACCAGAGAGGUGAAUACUACCGUUGCUGAUUUGUCUAAGAAACCGUCAAAGAACAUGUUAUCAAGCAGUAAUCUCAUCGUGCAAACUGCUGGGCCUGGAGGUGAGAGAAAAAGGGGGCGGCCCAAGAGCAAAAAGAUUAACUACAAGGAAAUUGAAGAUGACAUUGGAGGAUACUCUGAGGAAAGCUCUGAGGAAAGGAACAUUGAUUCUGGGAAUGAAGAAGAGGGAGACAUUGAACAAUUUGAUGAUGAUGAACUAACUGGUGCUCUUGAUAAUCACCAAACCAACAAAGACGAAUCUGAUGGGGAGAACCCUGUCCGCGGUUAUGAUUAUCCUCAGCGGUCUGGUUGUUAUAAAAAAAAUACUCCACGGGAUGAUGCUGGUUCUUCAGGAUCUUCGCCAGAAAGUCAUAGAUCGAAAGAGAUGGCUUCUCCAGUUUCUUCACGAAAGUUUGGCUCUUUGUCUGCAUUGGACACUAGGCCAGGUUCUGUCUCAAAAAGACUGGUGGAUGAUACAGAAGAUGGGGAAAUAGCAGCAUCGGGGGAUUCUCACAUAGAUCUCCAACGAUCAGGAAGUUGGGCCCAUGAACGUGAUGAAGGGGAAGAACAGGUUUUGCAACCUACAAUAAAGCGGAAACGGAGUAUUCGUCUAAGACCCCGUCAAACAGGAGAAAGAAUAGACGGUACUGAUAUGCCUCCAGCUCAGCCAUUGCAAGUCAAUCCUAGCUAUCGAUCAAAAUUGAGGACAGUUGUUGACUCGCAUGGUUCAAGACAAGAACAGAGUGAUUCAUCCUCGAGACUUAGGAGUUUACCUGGAAAGAAGAUAGCUAAUACUUCCAAGCUUCAUGUAUCAUCACCAAAAUCUGGUAGAUUGAAUACCACACAGCUUCCCCUGGAGGACAACACUGAAGCUGCCAGAGAAACAUGGGAUGGAACUAGUCCUAUUGGCUCUUCAAAUGCAGGUGCAAGAAUGUCCCACAACAUACAGAAACGGUGCAAAACGGUCAUUAGCAAACUCCAAAGGAGAAUCGACAAAGAAGGUCAGCAGAUUGUGCCUAUGCUGACAAAUUUGUGGAAGAGAAUUCAGACUGGUUAUGCAGCUGGAGGUGUAAAUAAUCUUUUGGAACUGCGAGAGAUAGAUCACCGGUUAGAAAGGCUAGAGUACGCAGGGGUUAUGGAACUCGCAUCUGACGUGCAGUAUAUGCUAAGGGGAGCAAUGCAGUUCUAUGGAUUCUCGCACGAGGUGAGAUCUGAAGCAAGGAAGGUUCACAACCUGUUCUUUGAUCUACUGAAAAUGUCUUUUCCAGAUUCAGAUUUCCGGGAAGCAAGGAAUGCACUUUCCUUCUCUGGACCAACCCCAACGUUGGUAUCUACACUGUCCCCAAGAACAGUAGGUAUUAGUCAGGGUAAGAAGCAAAAGCCGGUUAAUGAAGAGGAACCGGAGCCGAGCUCUCCUCAGAGACCUCAACAACGAGAGAAUUCAAGGAUCAGAGUACAGAUACCUCAGAAAGAAACGAAGCUUGGCGGGACAUCAAGCCACAACGACGACUCUCCAAUUUUAGCUCAUCCAGGGGAACUAGUAAUCUGCAAGAAGAAGAGGAAAGACAGAGAAAAGUCUGCGCCGAGAACCAGAACCGCCGGCUCAAGCAGCCCGGUGUCACCACCAGCAAUGGUGGGUCGUGGUCUUAAAAGUCCUGUGUCUGGUUCAGGUACAAGGGAGACAAGGCUAGCACAGCAGCAAAGAUGGCCAAACCAAGGCACUCAUCCAAACAACAGCGGUGCGGCUGGUGAUUCAGUGGGAUGGGCUAAUCCGGUGAAGAGGUUAAGGACAGAUUCUGGUAAAAGAAGGCCGAGCCAUUUAUAGACAGAUUAAGCCUCCUUUAUCUUUAGUGCUUAGAGGUGUGAUAUGUAAUGUGGCAAUUGAAAGCAAUGUAGACUCGCUUGUAAACAAAUAAUAAUUCUCUAGAUCUCCUUUCCUGGUAUGUUUCUAUUUAGAAGAAUGUCCUUUUGUCCGCAGUAUCCUUCCAUCUUUAGAUAUGUUCCUUGUAUAAAAAACAAUAUGUGAGGAUUAGAACAAACAAAAUGAGAUGGGUUCAUGUUUAAAUU